AACCGCUACUAACGAAGUUUUUUUUAUAAAGUACUACUAGCGCUCUACUAACUAGCUAGCCAUUUCACACCGGUCAUACUCAUACAGUACCAGCCAAAGAUAUUGAAAGCACUGUACACAUGUUGUGCCCAAACACUGGCCUUCUAAUUAGCUACGACAGAGCAGAGAAUCUCUUGAUAUGGUUAUGCAACGCUUCACACGUUCUAGAAUAUGUGGAAUGGGACAUUCGACUGCGCAUGGCCUGUGCCCCACCCACCAGUAAAUACAACUAUUGUAGCGAAAUGAGCAAUGUUAUGAUAUUGCAGCACACUGUGUCCUUUUUUAUUUUCCUAACCUAGCUAAAUGUUUGGUUUUGUCAUUUAACAUUUUUAUGAGUAGCAGUGCUUUACCCUCGUGGUCGUCAUUAUCACGCCUUCCUGGAAACAGAAGACUUUCUUUGCUCUUGAGCACGUUCAAUGGGUCUGCUCUACCCAACAUUAGCUAAUUGAAAAGUAACCUCAAAAUAUAUAUAUAUUUGGAAAGGAAUUGGUAAUCCCCUGUUAGGGUUUGCUCGCUUUUCUCCAGCCUGUGUAGCGGGGUAACGUUAGAUAGCCAAGCUAACAGUUAGCUACUAACUACAGUAUACGGCUUCAGACAGGAAAAUGGCCAGUGUUUCAAUCCCUGAAAACACUACCGCACUUUUGCUGGAUAUUGAAGGAACUACGACACCAAUAACGUUUGUAAAGGACAUUUUAUUCCCAUACAUCAAAGAUCAUCUCGAGGAGUAUCUGUCGGCGCACUGGGAAGAAGAUGAAUGCAAACAAGACGUGCAUCUCCUUAAGAAACAGGUUGAGGAGGACCUGCGUCUGCACCGGGCUUGUGCGCAGCACUCCCUGGACCAGUCUGGGCACACGGACGAGGAGAAAGCCAUCAGGGAGGUGGUGGACAACGUGCUGUGGCAGAUGGCUUCGGACAGGAAGUCCACGGCUCUGAAACAGCUGCAGGGACACAUGUGGAGGGCGGCCUACGCUGCCGGGAGAAUCAAAGGCGAGGUGUACCAGGACGUGGUUCCAUCCAUCAGGAGGUGGAGACGGCAGGGCCUGAAGGUUUAUAUCUACUCCUCUGGCAGUGUGGAGGCUCAGAAACUACUGUUUGGAUACUCUGUAGAGGGAGACGUACUAGAUCUAUUUGAUGGCCACUUCGACACCAACAUAGGCACUAAAGUAGAAAGCAAAAGCUAUGUGAGGAUUGCAGAGAGAAUGGGCUGCCCACCUGAAGAAAUCAUGUUCCUGACAGAUGUCACACGAGAGGCCAAGGCAGCGGAGGAUGCUGGUGUGAACGUGGCUGUAGUGGUGCGGCCAGGGAACAUGGAGUUGACAGAGGAAGAAAGGUCUCACUAUAACCUCAUUACAACCUUCAGCCAACUGGAAGUGAAUGGCAGCGCUUAACACUGGAGAAGAGGGUAGGGGGAGGGGGUAGAGAUGCUGCCGUCUGAUUUGUACUCACUCACUGGCCCUGUUCUAUCAAGUUCCCGCUUCCCCUAGCACCUGCUGCCCUUAGGUCUAAUGAAAGGACUGGAACGGUAAGAGCCACGUGAUGGACGCUCCUCUGUUGUUGAACACAGGAACUGUCGGGUAUUCAGGCUACGCACAGGGUGGGUGGUGGGCAACAAGCACUAAGAGCCGUACCAGUCUGCAGACUGCACGUUUAAGGGACAUGACAGGGCUUAUUUUUUUCUUUUUUUUAACAUUUUAAAUAAAAACUAUUUAAGUUGA